AUGGAGUUGACGAGGUCCAUCGGCAUCAUGUUCCUCCGGCUAUCACUCCUGACAUACGCCUAUGUAUCCGGAGACAACCCUUUUGAACGUUUCAUUAGACUCGACAACUACGCAAUGGAUGACUGGAACGACGUGGUCUUGAACAGUGUCACGGAGGAACAGUGUCUGAUGGAAUUUAUUGACGAGUGUAAUGCAACGAUCGACAAGUGUUCCCAUGGAUGUACUGACCUGCUGGAUGGGUACAGCUGUACGUGUCCGCCGGGCUGGGAGCUGUCACAAGCCGACAACACGGCCUGUGUCGAUGUCAACGAAUGUGACACAAAUAAAGGCAACUGCUCAGAUAUCUGUGACAAUAUCGAUGGGUCUUACCAGUGCACCUGUCCACCCGGCCGGAGGCUAUUCACUGACAGACUGAACUGCCAAAAGGAAACUCUAGAUAUUGCGACAGCUGUCUACAUCCGACAGAUCAGCCGUCUGUCAGAGGAACACACAAACAUAUCCCUUACCAUCGAGUACAUGCUGACCUGGUAUGACCCGAGGUUGCAGGGCAUCGCGACCACCUGGGUGCCCGUCCCCAGGACCAUGAUCUGGCUGCCGCCGCUGAUGUUCGGGAAGGCCGUCCGUGGUGUCACGCCUGUUCAUGAAGACACUCCUGCAUGGGUCAACAGCGAUGGGCUCACCGUCUACAGCAUGACGCGGAUGUUACGUGUGUCCUGUCCAAUAUUACUGACCAAGUACCCCUUUGACACCCAGACAUGCAAUAUCAAACUGCACGCAUAUGGCGGACUGAGGCUGAAUCUGAUAGCGUCAGAUGACGUCAGAUAUGCGGCCAUCAAAACAGACGCCACAGGAGUAGUGUCACAGUUCGAGCUGACAGGAGUUGACAUACAGGCGUCCUUCCAGGAAUACCAGCUCAAUUCCACAGAUUGUGUCUUCUUCCUGCAAAAGUGCAAGUACAACCUUGACGGAUGCCUGUUCCGCCGAUUCCCAGACUGUCACCUCAGUGACGACUGUCAGCAAUGCACCAAGACAGUUGGACAGUGUAAAAUUGAACCGAACGGGUGUCUACAGGGCCAGACAAGUACAAACGGGUACACCACAGUGGAAGUUCGCCUUCAGAUGAGCCGCCGCUUGUCGAGCUAUGCCUUCAGACUGUUCCUCCCCUCGGCAUUUGUGGUGACUGCCUCGUACCUGCAGCUCUGGCUCCCCCUACACACCUCUGUCCUCGCAGGGCGGGCCUCGCUGGGAAUCACGGGGUUCCUAACUAUCAUCGUGCAUGGGAGUGGCGUUGGCGCUGUGUCCUGGGUAAACGAAGUAAGAGCAAUCGACAUCUGGUUUGCCGGAUGCCUGACUGUUGUCAUUCUCAUGUUUCUUGAGACAAUUAUUGUACACUUCGUCCAGUCUCAACUCGAAGAAAAAGUACGAAAAAAGAUAGCGAAACGUGAGCAAAAUCCCCCUGUUAGGAUUCCGCGACCAGGAUUUUCCUACAAGCCGUACCACAAUGUCUUGGAAGCGUUGGGCAAAGAGGAAACGUCCAAAGAACGUACCCCUAUUGGCCAUAGCAUUCAACUGUCUCCAAUCCGCAUACCAAGAGCCAAGUUGAAAAACCCGCCGAACAUCAUGUGGUACCGGCUGCCUGACAAACGGUGGAUCGUCAUCCGGAGGCCAUUUGAUGGUGAUUUGGCAAACGCCAUGCUGAUGACGUCAAUCAAGGCAAGAUGGCGGGAAGGGCCAGAUGGACAGUUUCGGAUGGUUUCAACCGACGAACCUGUCAAUCCACGAUGCCACAUCCCCCGUCCUAAACUGAGGGUCACACCAACAGUAGCAUGGGAGAGAAAGAUGGACGGGAAGUGGAAGGUGGUUCCCUACCCUGGUGAGGACAAAAUCCACGUAGGUUGGGAGUAUAUCAUCAGUACCGGAGGUUGGGUAUCAGUCUACUUCACGAAAGAAGAAUUCGGAGCCACUGCAGAGGAAGACGCCUUGGAAGAGAAGAAAAUUCAGCGCGUGGCGGAUAGGAUUGACGCCGUUGCCCGCAUUGUGUUCCCUAUCAUGUUUGCCAUAUUUUGCGUUGGUUUCUUGCUUUACUACUACUGGGAAGUGUAG